ACUCCGCCACGAACCUCUUCUUCCUCCACCAACACACGGCGCUUUGCAUAACAUCUGGAAUCCGAUUUGGAAGCUCAAUUUAAUAAAUUAAAAUGUCGAAGGCUGCGGGCAAACUAAAGUCCCUGAAAAAGACAGUAGAGCGGGUGACACACACCAGCAAGCUCAAGACGAACAUUCCGGCUGGAAUGGCUGCUGCCGGUCCUCCACUGGGACCCAUGCUGGGACAGCGUGCCAUCAACAUUGCCGCCUUCUGCAAGGACUUCAAUGCCAAGACGGCGGAGAUGAAGGAGGGAGUUCCGCUGCCCUGCAGGAUCUCCGUGAACAGCGACCGCAGCUACGACCUCGUCAUCCACCACCCGCCGGCCACAUUCUUUCUCAAGCAGGCUGCUGGAAUCCAGCGGGGGACCAUGACUCCGGGAAAGGAGGUCGCGGGCAUGAUCACUUUAAAGCACCUAUACGAGAUCGCGGCCAUAAAAAUCCAGGACCCACCCAACGCCCUACUUACCAUGCAGCAAAUGUGUGAGAUGCUGAUCAGCAUUGCGCGGACGUGCGGCAUCAAGGUGGUCAGAGACCUGGACCCUGCAGCUUAUGGAGAGUUCCUGGAGGAGCGCAAAGUCAUUGUCGAGGAGCAGCGGCGUGAGCUUCAGGAGAAGCGAGAAGCCAAGAUGUUGCGUACAGGAUAGUCCUUGUGUCUUGUUUCUAUGAGAAAUACAUUUAUUCUUAAAGGA